AUGACGAGAGUAUUGGUCUACACCACACUGCUUGUCGCAUUCGUAGCAGCCACCGGCCUGACUAUCUCUGCGAUAUUCGUCCCUGAAUGGAUCAACUAUGAUACCCCGUCGUCCACCGGCGGGCGCGUCACCAAGACAAUGGGUCUGCAUCGCAGCUGCUCGUCAAUAGACCACACAUGUCACCCCGCCCUACAAUAUAACGACUGUAAGGUCGAGGAUCGGUACUUCUGCUCCAUGUGGCGCUCCGCUGGCUUCAUCAUGUCCUUCGCGGCUGUUUUGGAAAUGGCCACGAUCGUCGCAUAUGUCAUGGUGCUGAGUGGCGGUAAACAGAAGCGAGAGACCGGGUGGAAGUUGUUGACCUUCCUGUUGGUUUUGGUUGGGCUUCUGCAAUGUACUGCGAUGGCUAUUGUGGCAUACCUUUUCGAUAACGAUGACCGGUUCUUCGUCGGUUGGAAAUUGGCCAAGUCAUGGAUCUUCUGUAUCGUUAGCUGGGUCAUUGCUAUCAUCUCCGCCGCAGCUCUCUCCCUGUCGGUCUACGUCUUCCCACCCGAGGGUGGAUAUGAGCUUAUACCGAGCGAGCGGUACCACAGGUAG